UAUUGGUGCUCAGCUCAGAUCCUCUCUACUAGUUUUUUUUCUUGUUUGUGUUGAGAGGUUAGACACUUGACCGCGAAAGGGGUUUUGAGAAGAUCGUAGGACCGGGACUAAACCGGGUUUUCUGCUAAGGUGUUUACAGGGGAAAAAAGACGUACCAAACAAAAACAGAAGAGCUGAUCGUGGAUUACAGGAGGAAUGGAGGUACCAAUGGGACAGUGGUUGAGAGGGAUGACGUACAUCUCAGCUGUGGUGUGUUCCUUGUUGCUUGUUCCUGUUGGUGCAUUUCGAGUUGGAUGUGAGCAGGAACCAACUACAGAAAUUGGAAGAUCUGUCACCUUGGAAUGUUCAUUUGACUGCAAUGGCCAAUGUACUCCAGCAGUGAAAUGGGAGAAGAAUCCUGGCUCUGAAAUUUUGUAUGAGUACAAAGAAAGUAAAAGUGAUUUCAGCAACCAGCAUGCCAACUACUCAAAAAGAAUUGAAGUUGAUGAAAAUUCAAUCAAUAACGGCAAAGCAUUUCUUACAUUGAAGAAUGUUCAUCUUUGGGAUGAAGGAGAUUAUGUGUUCUUUGUUAGCACUGAUGGUGGAUAUGGAGAAGCAUCUGUUCAUCUGCCUGUUUGGGCUAGUACAGAUGGCAUCCAUGUUUCCUGGGAUUCCGAUUCAGAUAUUCUGUCAUGCCAGUCUUCAGGGUGGUACCCUGCUCCAGAAGUUACGUGGAAGGACAGGCAUGGGAAUGCAUUGACAGUGCAUAAUGAAAUAAAAUUGAGAGAAAGUGAUGGAUAUUUCAACGUGACAAAUGAUUUGAAAGUAAUUGAUAAAAUGAAUCACUAUAUCUGCUCCAUGAAACAUAACUGGAUGGACAAGCCUAAGCAGACUCGAGUGAUAUUCUCAGAUGGAAAACACCUUAUCCGUGUGGAUAAUGGAGAGAAGCCAUCAGAUUUAUAAGUGAAACGUCGACUGCACCUCUUCCUACAGAUGCUGCCUGGCCUGCUGCGUUCACCAGCAACUUUGAUGUGUGUUGCUUAUAAUUGAAAAGAUGUGUUUCUCGAAACAGUCAUACGCUCGCAGCAAAACUUCCAAAAUUUAUUGCUUCUUAACUAUAAUAAAUCCUUUCGGUGAUUGAAUAUAUCUAAGGCUGAAUUUGGGAGAAAUGUAACAAGGAAUGUCCAUCUUUUACCUAAACUUGAUUCAGAGUACAGUCGGCCCUCCGUAUCCGCAGGUUCUGCAUACACGGACUCAACCAACCAUGGAUUGAAAAUACUCAAAAAAAAUUCCAGAAAGUUCCAAAAAGCAAAAUUUGAAUUUGCCGCGCACCAAGCAUUAUGCGAAUGCACGUGAAUGAAGUGAUAUGUGGACAUACCCUGCUGUAGCCUCCUGCCAUUUCACAGAUCUUCAGUCUCUGGGAUCUGUGAAAUGGCACUCCAGCACUCACUUGUGCACUGUUUACUCUGCGUCUCGUUUGUUUUGCUACUUCUGCAGUGAGUGAGAGGAAAGAGUUUAAGGCUAGUAAGGGAUGGCUAGCUGGGGUGGUGGUGUGGUCCUGGAACCAAUCCCCUGCGGAUACUGAGGGAUGACUGUAAACUCUUCAUACUCUGGAGCUUGUCCGUUUUAAUGAUGCUUGAAUUUCAGACAGGCAAAGAGCAACAUGCAGAGAACUUGUGGUCUACAGAUCAUAAGUUGAAUUUCUCCCACCAGUUACUACUUCUUUUGAUACAUUAAAGGAAGAGAUUUUAACCCUGGCCAACCUUACUUACCCUUUCUCUCCGCAGCUGGGAUCUUACUGAUUCAACUUACUUCCUUUUUGUCUCCAACAGCCCUUUUUAAAAAGUUAGUUGUUACGUGAGCAACUUUGGUCCCCAACCUACCAUGGACAUUCCUCUCCACCCUGACUGCCCCUCCCUUCUCUCCACCCUGCCUGCCCCUCCCUUCUCUCCACCCUGCCUGCCCCUCCCUCCUCUUCACCCUGCCUGCCCCUCCCUUCUCUCCACCCUGCCUGCCCCUCCCUCCUCUCCACCCUGCCUGCCCCUCCUUCCUCUUCACCCUGCCUGCCCCUCCCUCCUCUUCACCCUGCCUGCCCCUCCCUCCUCUCCACCCUGCCUGCCCCUCCCUCCUCUCCACCCUGCCUGCCCCCCCUUCUCUCCACCCUGCCUGCCCCCCCCCCCCUCACCACUCUCUGCUUAGUUUCUUAUGUUUUCCAGUUUUGGAAUUUAAUAGGGAUGACUGGUUAUGUCUCUCUGCUCACUGAUGUUAUUUGACUUACUGUUUCCUCAUUUCUGGUUUUUUGAUUUAAAAACAUUUGCAGCUUUGUUAAUCAAAAUGGCUAAUCCAGUAUAUGUUAAGGCUAAAGUAGUUUUCUUGCUGGAUUUUAUGGCCAGCAUAGUAAGACCCUUAGAGGUGUUGUUGCAGCAUUGGGGUAAGGGUUUAAAGAAUUACCACUGCUAGUGGUAUUGGUAGAUGUGGGUUUGGUUUCAAUAUUUAGGUGAAAUUUGGAUAUGUAUAUAGAUGGGAGGUGCAUGGAGGGCCAUGGCACAUUGAUGGGACUAGAUAGAAUAAAUUAGUCUGGUCUAGAUAGGCUGAAGGACAUGUUUCUGUGCUGUAGUGUUCUUACGAGAAGUGAUUGUAAUUAACCAAAAUUACAGCAAUGUGAGUUUAUAUCUCUGGUAGAUGAAAACAAAAAUGGAAGCAGUGAUAGAUUUUCAGAAAGACCACUCAUUUGAAUCAUGGUCAGUGAGUGGUCCCUAAAGUGGGGUAAAUUUCUCAGGUUGGAACCAACUCUGUGAAGCAAGUAUUGUGAUUUGUGUAUAUCUGAAGACAGUUAUAUAAGAGCAAGUAAAAAUACUGCUUAGUGGUGUGUACGUAAGAGUAAAUUAGAACUGCGAGGCAUUGCUAUAUGCUAUAUACUGUUUCUAUGAUUACUGAUACACUCAGAAAAGUUCAGUCUACAAUUAUUUGCAAAGGCAUACUCAUAAAGUAAUCAUACUUUUCCCAUAGCCAUUGCCUGGUGCAAUUUUUUGUGCGUGUUGCAAAUAUUUUAAGCAAUUUGAAUAAAAACUUUCAUUUUAA